AUGUCGACCUCAGUUCUCUCAAUCCCGUAUGCAGCUGCUCUAGGCACAUGCGCUUUCCUCUACUUUGUUGUAUACCCUGUCAUCGUUUACUUCCGCGAUGCAAACGGUCUUCGUCGCUAUCCGAACAUGCACCCGCUCUCGGGUAUCUCUUCGAUACCGUUCAUGGUGCUUGCACACGGCGGAGCACGGUCAACAUACCUUGAGAAGCUACACCAAAAGCAUCCAGUUAUCCGUGUUGGCCCCAACUUCCUGUCAUACGGCGACCUUCGGGCUGUAAAAGACAUCUAUGGCCACAACACCCCUUGCACCAAGGAUGGAUCGUACGUGGUCACUUCGGGUUCACAUUACCAUCUUGCCGAUGUGAUUGACAAGCACGAUCAUGCCCGAAAGAGGAAGUUGAUGAGUUCCGCGUAUGCGAUCAAGAAUCUCGAGGGCUGGGAGCACAAGGUAGCCGACAAGACGCAGAAGCUACUCAAACACUUUGACGAGUGCUGUACCGCACCACUGGCUUCUGGACAACUGCCGAAGCCCGAAGACUUGAACCUCGACUAUCGAAAAUGGACCAACUUUUUCACACUAGACGCCAUCGCCGAUAUUGGACUCUCCGACAAACUUGGGUUCCUCGACCGAGGUCACGACAGGGUUACUGGACGUAGAACAGAUGGCUCGACGUAUGAGUGCGAUUUCAGGCCGGCGCUCUACAACACAGCUCGGAAACAGUCGUUGUUGAUUUGGCCAUAUGACUGGUACCCGCUGAUCAACAAACUCUCCAACAUCAUUCCUUUCUACAAGCGCAUGAGUGACUAUGCAAACGAAUGGGAAGGCAUACCAGUUCAGCUUGCCCACAAGCGCCUAGAGCGAUAUAGGGCAGGAGAGAAGCUCGACGACUUUUUCCAGACACUGAUGGAGGACAAGAAUGGCCAUCCAAACAACCUGGAGUGGGGCGAGAUUAUCGCGGAAGUGAGCAUCAUGAUGAACGCCGGAUCAGCGACGACAGCAAUUGCGAUGGCAAACGUCAUGCAUCAACUGAUCAAGCAUCCGGAAAUCAAGAAAAAGUUAGUACAUGAGAUUGAUUCUGCCUUGGAAGAUGACGAAGAGGAAGGUGAUGGAGUAGUCGCCUAUGAUAGGGUGAAGCAUCUACCGUACCUCCGUGCGUGCCUCGACGAGUCGCUCCGCCUCUUCCCACCGACCCCUCAUGGGCUUCCGCGACAGACGCCAACAGAAGGCACAAACAUCCUCGGUGACUACAUUCCAGGUGGUGUCUCCGUCGCUAUAUCUGCAUAUGUUGCGCAUCGACAAGAGUCCAUAUUCCCGCAAGCCGACAAGUAUAUUCCGGAGCGCUGGCUGGGUGAAGAGGGCAAGGCGUUGCAACCCUAUUUCUUGGCCUUUUCGGCAGGUGCAAGAGGCUGCAUUGGGCGCAACAUCUCAUACCUUGAGCAAACUGUGGUACUCGCGAGCGUGUUGCGACGUUAUGAUUUUGCGCUGAGCAGUCCAAACUGGGAGCUACAACGAUUAGAGACGAUGAACUGGAUCCUGGGGGAGAUGCCAGUGAAGAUCUGGCGACGAGAGCGAGGACCGGCGCAGCAAGAGUAA